AUGAUACUGAGUGUUAAUGAUAUUAAUUUUACAAAUAUUAAACGUGACGAAGCUCUGAGUAUACUCAGAAGAGGAGGACCGAAAGUACAAUUGCUAAUACGUCGUUUAUCUCCACCGAUAACUAAAAAAAUCGAUAUAGAACAACAUGAUGGAAAGCUAGGUAUUACACUUAAAGGUGGAAUUGGUACUCAAUUUUAUCCAAAUGAUCAUGGUAUCUUUAUUACGAAUGCAUGUCGACAACAAACUGGUACACAAUUAGAAAUAGGAGAUCGAUUAUUAGAAAUUGCAUCGACGAAAAAACAAUAUGAUUUACGAUUUGUUACACGUGUAUGCGCAAUAAAACGUAUAGAAUUAGCAUGCAAAGAAAGUCAAAAGGUUACAAUAAGUGUUGGACGUGCUAAACGUAUCAUUCCAGUGCAAAAUCAAAAAUCGGAUUCAUGUGUUAAUGAACUUAAUUCUAACGACACGAAAAAUAAAGACACGAGUAAAGUACAUGUUGGUACACAAUAUGCGACCACCAAUGGUAUACGAAACGAACGAAAACUAUGUAAUACAAGUGGUAAUUAUUCACAUGAGUUAUUAACAAUACAACAAGGACAAUCAUAUGCUAUCAAGUGA